AUGUCGACGGCUGUGGAAGCGACCGGGUUCAUCAUGUGCAUCAUCAGCUGGCUGAUGACCGGCGCGUCGCUGGCAAACGACUACUGGAAGAUUUCGUCCGUGUCCGGCAGCGUCAUCAUCUCCCAGAGGCAGUUUGAGAACUUGUGGCACUCCUGCGCCGAGAACAGUGCCGGCAUCGCCGAGUGCCGAGACUUUGAAUCGCUGCUCGCCCUCCCUGCUCACAUCCAGGCGUGUCGCGCUCUCAUGAUCAUCUCUCUGCUGCUUGGCCUCGGCUCCAUGAUCGUGUCUCUGCUCGGACUGAAGUGCAUCAAGAUCGGCUCGGCCACCGACCAAUCCAAGGCCAAGGUGGCCAUUACCGGGGGGAUCCUGAGCAUCCUCGCUGGUCUGUGCUGCAUGAUAGCAAUUUCCUGGUACGCCUUCCAAGUCGUGCAGGAGUUUCACAACCCUUUAUUCGGUGGCGUGAGGUUUGAGCUCGGUGCCGGUCUUUAUUUGGGAUGGGGUGCAUCCAGUCUGUCCAUGUUGGGUGGAGGUUUUCUCUGCUCUGCCUGCAAGAGAGCGUCACCUGAACGCAAGCAGGGCGGUUACUAUGGAAACAAGCCUAAAGUCUACACAGCUACAGCCAAGUCCGAUCCAGACUCAGCCAGAGCCUACGUCUAAACACACACACA